AGUUUUAACCGACUGCUGUACACGAGCGUAUUGUGUCUUGUGGUGUUAUAUUAGUAGCAUGGUUAUGCGAAUAAAUUCGUUUUACGUUGUUUUUAUACCGCCUCUAUUAUCAUCAUCUAUAUGUAAUUGAAAGGUAUGGGAAGGACUAUAAUUUUAUCCAAUUUUUCAACUUAUUUGUUUCCUGGAAAAGUCGGAGCUCAUUUAUAAAUAGUUGCAUAUUUAACUCAAUUAUUAACAUGGCUGAAUCAAAAAUCCGGCAAACACAAAAUAUAACUCUUUGUCAACAAAUGAUUUCGUCAAGCACCGGUGCUAUAUUGACUUCAUUGUUUGUAACACCUUUGGAUGUUGUUAAAAUUCGCUUACAAGCUCAGCAAAAAGCACUGCUCAACAGCAAUAAAUGCUUCCUUUACUGCAAUGGAUUUGUGGAAGACCUUUGUUGUAAUAUCCAUGCAAAUGGGAACCAUCAUAUUUCACCAUCGUAUUGGUACCGUUCAUCUGCUCAUUUGACAGGAACAGUGGAUGCUUUUGUUAAAAUAACAAGAGCAGAAGGUGUAACCUCAUUAUGGAGUGGAUUGCCACCUGCACUUGUGAUGGCCGUUCCAUCUACUGUUGUUUAUUAUACAGCGUAUGAUCAAUUACGAAACUUUUUCUUGAAAAAUUAUCAGCUAUCAUAUCAUGCUUUCUGGGUACCUGUAGUUGCUGGUGGAAUGGCUAGAGCUAUAGCUACCACAGUUGUGAGUCCAUUGGAAUUGGUAAGAACGAAAAUGCAGUCCCAAAAGCUAAGUUACAUUGAAAUUGUUCAAGCAGUAAGAACUUUAGUUUCAAGUCAAGGAUUAUCUUCUCUUUACCGAGGUUUGGGUCCAACAGUUUUAAGAGAUGUUCCAUUUUCAUCUAUAUACUGGCUGAGUUAUGAAAUGCUUAAGCAAACAUUUAAUCAACAGCAACCUGCAAUUUGGUUCAGUUUUGCCGCUGGUGGUGCAGCUGGUAGUGUUGCUGCUCUUCUUACAGUUCCUUUUGAUGUCAUAAAAACUCAUCGCCAAAUAGAACUUGGAGAAAUGGAAUCCUUAACACGUCAACGUUCUACUUCCACAUAUUUACUUUUGAAAACAUUAUAUCAGUCCAAUGGAUACAGAGCUCUCUUUGCUGGUGUUGUUCCUCGGCUAUUUAAAGUAUCAACUGCCUGUGCUAUAAUGAUUAGCUCUUACGAAUAUGGAAAAAAGUUCUUCCAUAACUACAAUACCUCAAAGCUAGCUUCUACUGCAUAUUAGCAAGAAAUAGAUCUGUAUUAGAACUCCUAUUUAUAGCAUUUCUUAUUUCUUUUGAGCAGAUUACAAUUUGUAACUGUAAUAUACUACUGUAAAUUGUUUUUCAUUUGUAUUUAUAAAUCAUUUCUUUCUCAUACAUUCAUGGUUGUUAGGAUCUCAUUCUGAAUGUAAACCAGAAUAGUAUUAGAUGACUUUACCUUUCUUAAAGGGUUCUUUAAUCAUUUGACACAACAAUGAUGACUUAACAAGGUGACAAAUAGUGAUAUGUUUGAAGUAAUCAAACUUUAAAAAAGCUUGAAAAUGAAUAUUUCUUAAUAUUUAAAAUUAUGAAAUGCAUUUCAUUUUAAUGAUACAAAAUUGCAUUUAUUAGUGUAAAUUUCUUUCUGUAUCAGUUGCUUUAAGAAGAAACAUUGCUAAUUAUUCACCAAUCAUAACUUAAAAUUAUAUAUUUUCUGUAACUUCAUGCAUAAUGAGUAAACCAUUGCUUAAAAAUGUGUAUUAUUUAUUUUUGAAAGUUUUUUUUUUUUUUUUUUUUUUUAUAUAUAUAUGUUUUCUGUGCAGGCAAAAUUGUUUAAUUCUAAAUAGAGGACUAUAUAUAUAUAAAACGAUAGUAAUUAAAUUAAUACUAAAAUUAUAAUCUUCCAAAGUUUUACAAAACAUAAUAGAAAAUUUGAGGAAAAAGUUUUGGAAGUAUAUAAUUUUAGUAUUUAAUACAAUUACAGUAUUUGCUGCUAGAACUUAUUUUUUUGGUUUAGAUAAGAUUCAUUUUUUAAGAUUUUUCUCAAUUCCUUUUCCCUAUAUAUGUAUAAUUGAAACAUCCAGAAUAAAUCAAAAUUUAUGGAAAAAUUUAAAUACAUUAAACAAAUUUUAAGUUUUUAAUAAAACAAAUUUGAAAAAUAUAUUUUUUCUUACUGUGGAUUUUAGGAGCUAGUGUAAUAUUAUUAUCAAAUUAUCAGAAGUUUAAUUCAGCAUAUGUCUUAAUUGAAAAUGUUAUAUCUAGAUCCAAAUGAAUUGGUUUAUUUAUAUGUAACUAAUAUGUUUUAUAACCAUAAUAGCAAUUAGACCAGACCAGCAAUUUAUCUCUAGUCUGCUUCUGGUAUCAAAAGUUGACUUAUCUUUCAACAAUGUUUUAUCAUUAAUCCUAAUUUCAAAAAUUACUUCAUCAAAUCUAAGAAUCUGUUAGCUUUUUAUUUUCCUUCCUGUGUAUAAAUUAAUAUAUGUAUAUACAACAGUUUGUCAGAUAAAUAAACUUUUAAUAAUUCAUUAUCAUUUUGUAUUAAUUUGUUAUAUAUGUGCAGUACAUUGUGAUGAUUAGAAUUUGAAACAACCAAGAACUGAUGACAAAGGAUGUUUUUUGAUAUGAAAACUUAUAUAAAUACUUUACAAUUCCUUUUAACAGUAAAUAAUUAAAGAGAAUGCUGUAAUUAAAAUAUGUAAUAUAUGACAUUGAAAAUUCCUUUUAUUAACAAUAUAAAUAUUGUUUAGAAUUUUGAAAUACUUUUAUACAGUGCUGAUUUAUAAUGACUGAAAGGGAUGUUAUUCAUAAAUUUCAGCAAAUCCAAUUCUCUGCAGUUGUUUCAAUCCCCUACAGUAUUUAUAGAAUCAAGAUCUAUCUAUAUUUAAUACAUCUCUCAUAAUGAUGCAAAACUAAUUUCUUUUAUUUGAAAAUUUAAAUUAACAAAAUAUUACAAUUUUGUUGGUGUUUCAUAUAUCAAAUAAAAAUACUGCAAACUAUGGA